AUAAUCACAUCCUCCAUAUCAUUCCCAACAUGCCUGUCUCUUAUCCAAACAGAUUCCUGGAGUGUACAUUCUCCGUCGGCUCGAAACUGCGCUUGAACUUCGUUCGAGCCCACUACGUCUACAUCAUCUUCUGUACUUUUCUUGCAUCCUGCAUGAUAUAUCCAUGGAGCGGGUUGGAUUAUAUUGAUUGCCUACUCUUUGCUGCUGGAUCAGCUACGCAAUCUGGCAUAAGCCCCCUUGAUCUCAGUCGUCUGCGAGCUUUUCAACAGGGUAUCCUCUGGCUAAUUGUGCUGGUCACCAACCCUAUAUUUGUUCAUUCACUGCUGGUUCUUGCCCGACUCUACCACUUCCAGAAGCGAUUCCGAUCCGUGUCGGAUGAAGAGAAAGCCAAACGCCAACUGUAUACCAGACGGGCUCCAGCGCUCCAGAAGAGACCAAAGAGCUAUGGCACAAUGACAACCGCAGUUGUGGACCGUUUCGAGAGCAGUCGCGAGGGAAGUAUUUCGUGCAAGCGCGCGGAGAUGGUCCAGCUGUCGGAAACAUCAAGUGGAAUGAGAGAGAUACAGAAGAUGCUUUACAGCCCGGGAGGGAAUAGCCUCGACGAUGAUCAAAUCAGCACGUCGUCUUCUGACUUAGCCAGGUUUAUUGCACCUGCCCUGAACUUCUCCGUACCCCUUCAGCGCUGCGGUUCUGAGGAGGUGAAACCGGAACCUCCAUACACCGAUAAUGAAGGGAAAAGGGAAGGGCAAGAGGAACAGCCCUUACUGGCAGGCCUGGCAGACAGCCGACGUCGCAAUGAAGCCGGACCUCUCAAUCGUACCACUCUGGCCUUUGACCUUCCCUCGGAGCCAUUCACGAAGUCUGGCGAACACGAGCGUGGCAACUCACUGUUAGCUUCCGACGACGUGGAGGCCAGCGGUGAUUGUCUUUUACAAGAACCAUGUUUCUACAGUGAUCUACCUCCUCUGAUGCUACAUUCUACAUUCGUGAGCUACUCCGACUGGAACGAAACCAAGAAGGACAGAAUCGGUGGUAUAGAAUACCGAGCGCUGAAGACACUCCUGUUCAUCCUAGCAGGCUUCCUUGUGACGUUUCACGUAAUUGGCUUCCUGGUCUUGAUUACAUGGCUGCACCGCAAUCCUGAAUAUGAAUCGAUCAUCCACGAUGCCGGGGCAAACAGGUAUUGGUGGGCGAUUUUCACGACUGGCUCUGCAUUCCAUAACGUCGGAUACACAUUGACGCCGGGUUCGAUGGUGUCUUUUGAAGGCGCUACGCUUCCGCUGCUGACAAUGUCCUUUCUGGUUGUUGUUGGGAACACAGGGUUUCCUUGCAUGCUCCGGUUUACGAUCUGGCUGCUGUCCAAGAUGAGCCACUGGCGGAGUCCGCUGUGGGAGGAGUUGCAGUUUCUUCUGGAUCAUCCGCGGCGGUGCUUUACGAUGCUCUUUCCGAGGGAUGAGACCUGGCGACUGGCCUUUGUGCUGUUGGCUCUCAAUGUGGUGGACUUGAUUGUGAUGUUGGUUCUGGGUGUAAGUGGAGCCUCGGUAUAUGGGGAUAAUGGACCAGAGCUGAUCCGAGGAGAAUAA